ACGAAAAUGCCAGAAAAAGCUAAUGAACUUAAAGUAAAUGUAUAAAUUAGAAGAAUUGUAAUUCAAAACUGAAAGUGAAAUAAAUUUAUUCAAAUAACGCUAUGUCUGGUCUCGAAGAUGACCCAAAGUUAAAAGGAUUAAGCCGUUAUUUCAACAGUCAAACGGAUAGAGGACGAGCAAAUGUGUCCAAAGUGACCAUGUCGCUUGUGGCAAUGUACUAUGUCUACUACAAAUUAACGAGACCUCGCUCAAAAUUUAUUAUCAGAAUGGCCGGAGAUUCUGUCGAUGAUUCCCAAUUAAAGGGAUUAUCCAAGUAUUUUAACAGCCAGACUAACAGGGGGAGAGCCAACACCGCCAAAGCUACAUAUGCAGUCUUUGGUGCUCUUAUAUUAUACUACACUUUAAAACCCAAAUCCAAGAAGUAAUCAGUGAAAUGCUAAAUUUUAUUUAAGUGCAAAUUAUGUUAAAACUUAUGAAUUUUCUUAAGUUCAAGCUGUAAUUUAGUGUACAUUAAAUCAUGUGAAACUUAA